CUGAACAUGCUAAACUGUCAAAUCAGCCACUUGCAAAUUGGCGCCAAAAGUGUUCACUGUGUUUGCUUGACCGGCGUGUGAUCUGUUCCGUUCGAGACUUUCCAACCGCAACGAUGGCCACAAUCAACGAUUUGCCAAACGAGCUGCUCCUGCUCAUCUUCCGGCUCCUCGGGGAAACCGCCAACGCCCAGGCCGUGUCCAGCGUGUGUCGCCGCUGGGACCAGUUGAUCGUACCGACGCUUCGACUGCGCAUUGGCUUGUACGAUGACGGAGACCGGGGCGUGCGCGACAUUUUGUGCCGAUCUUCCCGUCAGUACGAGGCAGUGGCUCUGGAUUUUCCUGAAAGUUCCUGCGAGACGACGGAUAUUGGCGACCGUACCGGUUUGUGGAUUUUGGCACGGUUUAUGCACGUUACGGAUGUUGAGCUACGCUUUUACAAGUACGAUUUGAAGCGGAUUGUGCGGUUCGUGGACGCUUUGGGUCCGCGUGUGCUGUUCUUGACCAUUUUUGCGAACAAUGUCCAAGACGACACCGGCUUGGAAUUGAAUUUGACCUCUCGUAAGGUGGUCCUCUGGCAAACAUGGAACACUUGCAUUUCGUAAAUUUUAACCAACUGCCAAUGCAAUUUUACGCCUGGUUCUUUCGCAAAGUUCCUAAGGUUGUCCGCUUGAAGGUUUCCAUUUGUUAUCAAGGCGAUGUUAUCAUAAGCCACUACGCGGAUCACCUCGAAAGGCUGGAGAUUUUUCAUCUUGACUAUGAGAAGAGCUUCAACCACCUGAAAUGUCCAAAAUUGACGCAUUUGUCCAUGCGAAUGGAGACUGGUUGCGUUUCCGCCCAUCCAAUCCCGCUCGAUCAAUUUUUCAAACACGCGCAACGGCUUCGUCACUUGGAGCUAUUUACCGAUUGUCCCUGCCAUGAUGUUGCUCGCACAGUCGUCGAUUUGCCGAAUCUCGAAGUCCUGGCUCUACGAUCUGAUCACUAUGUUCCAUUUGAUGACCGCGUCAAGCUUCCGGCUCUGAAGAAACUGUUCUUCGGAGGUCGCAUAGAUGAUGUCCCGCAGCUACCGGCGGUUCGCUAUCUGUUCCUCUACGGACUAACCGGCGAUCGGAUCUACUCCCGAUUCGUCCAGCGAGCUCCGAACCUCACCAAACUCACCGUGGACCAAGAUGCCUUUCUCGAUGACGAUGCGAUCGUUUGCAUCUGCAACGGAUUGCCGCAACUGGCCGAUUUACACCUGAAGAUACACUCGGCCGUAGAACUAACCGAAACAGCAUUCGGUGCGAUUCACUUGCUCACGCAGUUGCAGCGCUUUCACAUAAGCUUCGAAAACAUCUCCAGGCAGGUCUGGCUCGGCGAGUGGUUCAAGCGAUUGCCAGCGCCAACGGUUAGCAUCGAAAACAUGCACUCUCAGUUCUUGCCCGUGGUCAUGCCGCUGGCGGAAUUCGAACUGCUGUUGGCGAAUCUCCGAACGCGCGUUUUGACGCUGAGGAAGAUCUUCGUUGCCGUUUGGCAUCGCACCAUCCGGCAGGAAGUGGCACGCGUGCGGCCGGAUUUGCAGUUCUUUUAUUUGGAGCCCGUGGAUACGACGCUGUUUGGGUAGUG